AUGGCGGAAUUCAGGCAAACCUUCAUAUUAUUUAUGUUCAUGCGUCUGGUUGUUGGUGAUCCUAUCUCCAGAUUAUCCAGUGAAAAUCUGUUAACAGGAUCCUGUUCUUUUGACAGUGACCUCUGUGGUUAUACUCCUAUAUCUGGUCAACCAGCUACUUGGGUACAGAUCAUCACUAAAGAUCCAUUACAUGGUAUUCCACCAACAACUGACGGAAAUUAUGCAUAUUUCAAAUCGAACUCGAUUAAUAUCCACAAUGGUGACACUAGAAGUUUAGUAUCACCCAAAUUAAAUAUAAAUGGUUGUAAUGACUUGGAAUUUUAUUAUAUUUUACCAUACACUGACACAAUGACUUUAUCAAUCAAAUUACAAGAAUCAGGAAAGAUAACUCUUGUUAAAGAUAUUACUGGAAUGAAUAUGAACAAAUGGCUAUACACGAAAAUAAACAAUAUUUGUGUGACCAAAAACACACAGUUGAUUUUUGAAACAACCAAGUUAAGUUUUUAUGCCUAUGUUGGUAUUGAUAAUAUAAAAGUCACCUUGUCUAAAUUGGUCAAACCAUCAACAACACCAACUACAAAUCCAACAACGUCAAAACCAACUACAGAACCAAAACAAAUAACGUCCAAACCAACAUCAACAAAAUCCCCGACCACAAAGCAGCCAACGACCGCAAGACUACCGUCAACGACAGCGAGGAAGCGAUCUAAUUGUUUUUCGACCGAGGUUGAGAAAUUGUGGUAUAUGAAGGACAUGGAGAGAUUGGAGUUAGAAAAACAAAAAUUACACAACGAAAUCAAAUCAAAUACGGAGAGAUUUGAGUUAGAAAAACAAAAAUUACAUCUCGAAAUUAAAAUACUUAAAGAGAAAUUAGGACAGAAGUAG